AUGGAUCACAAAUUGUUGUACAAGAUUUAUCAUCAUAUUCAAAUUACAGCCAUUCUCUUCACUAUCUUGGUGGAUGGAAUUGUAUGCUUUUACACAAAUUCAAGCGAUUGCAUGCCUCAGAGCUGUGGGAAUGGAUUGAACAUAGUGUAUCCCUUUUGGAUUCCAGGCAGGCAAGAGUCAUAUUGUGGCUCACCAACGUUCAAUAUCACCUGCAGGGACAAGAACCCCAUCUUAAAGAUCUCUGAUGAUGAUUAUAUCAUCAGGGAUAUAUUUUACAUGAAUAAUUCCCUUUUGCUAUCUCAAGCUGAGUUGUAUGAUGUUGGUAAUAGAUGUCCAACCCCUCAACAUAAUUUUAGCACUGGAGGAACUCCAUUCUGCUACGGCCCUGAAAUUGUGGACCUUUUCUUCUUCUACAAUUGCACUGAGCCGUAUCAAGAAGAGACAUAUGCUGUGGAUUGUGCCAGUAAUGUUAGCCAUCAUGCUUUUGCUGUUUUUCAUACCGAACUCCUGGACGGCAGGAACCAUUCGGAACUGUCAUGUCAACCUCCAGUUAGUGCACCAGUAACUAUUGAUUCCCUGAAAAGAUUGUUAAGCAUGAAUUAUACCGAUGUAUUGAAGAAAGGAUUCGUUCUGCAGUGGGAUGGAGACAGUUGCAGCAAAUGCAGGAGUAGUGGAGGGGAGUGCGGUUCUUAUGACAAUGAAUUUGUGUGUUACUGUGAUGACCAUAAACACCUAAAAACCUGUGAUGAAGGUAAGAAUCGUUCACAAAGGCUGAGAAAUGAAUUUCAGCAGCAGGAGUACUACUGA